CAGAUCUCCAAAGAGAUGCCAUGUCAGGCUGAGGAUGUGGACGCAUGCGGAUCCUUUUCAGGCAACACACUAGAGGACUGUGAUCAUGAUGUCAUCCCUGACGAAAUGUCAAGUUUAGAAAAAUGUGUUACAUGUGGAGGACCUUUUUCGCCUCUGAAAUGGAGUGGUGUGAGAUGUAAAGUUUGCAAUCAGUCCUGGCACAAAAAGUGUUAUGUUAAACACAAGGUGGACAUCACUGAACUUCUGCAAGUGGUCUGUGCAGAACAAAGUUCAAGUGAGGCGGCAUCAUCAGAAGAGGAGUAUGUUCCUGAUUCCAUAGAUGGAUCAAACAGCUCGUGGGAUGACAGAUCAGAGCCUUUAGAUUUCAGUCACAAACAAGUACAGAAUUGUGAGGUCUCCACCAGCAAGUCUGCUUCCAAAAAGAAAAGACACCACCAAGGAAGUUUUGUAGAGGAAGACAGAGAGUCAAUUUCUGAAGCUGCAGAAUCAUUACCUGAAGAUAUGAUCAGCACAACUCAGCUUGAAGUUCUAAGAGUUACUGCCAAAGUAGGAAACGCUGAUGCCGAAGGCAUUGUUGAUGAUGGUGCUGAUGCUAGAGCAGAAAACACAUCAUCCUUGCUCAAAAAUAGAACUUACUGCUACAUUUGUGGAAAGAUGCAGACAAAGUUUACACGUCACUUAAAAACUCAUGAGAAUACACAUGCAGAUGUUGCUCAUGUUUUAAGUCUUCCCAAGAGGUCCAAAAAACGUAUGCAAAUGCUUAUAAAGCUUCGCAACAAGGGAAACCACAGUCAUAACUUGGAGGUCUUGGUGAGCGGAGUUGGAUCACUAAAACUAAGACGCACAUCAAAGAAAAAGUACAAUGCAAAAGACUACAUUCACUGCAUGUACUGCCAGGCAUUAUUUCUCCGGCGAGAUCUGUGGCGACAUGUUCGAAAAUGUUCUUCAAAACCAGUAGAAGCUACUUCAGAGAUUGGAAGAAAAAAUGUUUUGUCUUUGGCCUCUAUGAAUGAGUCAGCUCUGUGUCAGCAGAUAUCACCAGGUGUUUGGAACAUAUUAGCUGUUAUGAAAGACGAUGAGAUAACUUCUACUGUGCGAAGUGACUUCUCCAUUCUUCAGCUGGCCCAAUCAUUCUUCAACAAAUAUGGACAGGAUCCCACCAAACAUCAGUACAUUCGCCAGCAACUCAGAGACUCUGGAAGACUUCUGCUUACGCUUCGCAAGGAAUUCUCAAUACUUACUCUUGAGGAUGCUGUGAGACCUGCAAAUUUUGAUGUGCUCAUCAAAGCGGUCAAGAAAGUAUGUGGGCAUGAUGAAGAAAAGAACCGCUUCGAUACUCCAAGCCUUGCUCUAAAGUUAGGUCACGCACUACGGAAAGUCUGUGAUAUUUUACAUUGCAGAGCACUCAUGGCAGAAGACAGUACGCUGAUAAAGUCAACCCAGAGUUUUAAAACUCUCUAUGCUACAAAGUGGUCUGAACACAUCUCUCACAUCGCUUUAAUAACGCUGAACGAGCGGAAGUUUAACAAGCCUUCCACUCUUCCUUUCACAGAAGAUGUUCAACGUCUUCACAGACAUCUGGAGAAGACUACAGAACAAGCAUUGAAAGACUUGGAAGACCAUAGUUCAUCAAAAUCAUAUAGUCAACUGUGUAAAGCCACCAUGGCAAAUGUAAUACUUUUUAACAGGAGAAGAGGGGGAGAAAUUUCAAAGAUGCCGAUGAAUGGCUUUCUGGAGAGAGACACAAGUGCCCUGCAUAAGGACGUUGCAAUUGGACUGACAGAAUUUGAACUUCACCUUUGUCAACACUUUAGUCGUGUUGAAUUAAGGGGUAAAAGAGGCCGGAAGGUUGCAGUGUUACUUUCACCAGACAUGGUGAAUGCCAUAACACGCCUAAUAGAAAAAAGAAAAGACUGUGGUGUUCUGGCAGAAAACCAGUUCCUUUUUGCCAUACCUCAUUGUCUGACUCCCUACAGAGGACAGGACUGUUUGAGGCUUUAUGCCAGUGAAUGUGGGGCCGAAAAACCUGAGCUCCUCAGGUCAACACAAUUACGCAAACAUGUUGCAACUUUGUCUCAGAUCUUGAACCUCAAGAAUCACGAGUUGGACCAAGUUGCUAACUUCCUUGGCCACGAUAUUCGCGUUCAUCGUGAAUAUUACAGACUUCCUGAGGCUACUACCCAGCUGGCCAAAAUAUCCAAACUGCUGCUUGCCAUGGAGAAAGGGUCUCUCGGAAACCUUCAAGGCAAAACACUGGACGAGAUUGAAAUUGAAGACAACCUAGAGUUGAGUGAGGUCGAUGCUGAGAGUGAGGUCGAUGCUGAGAGUGAGGUCGAUGCUGAGAGUGAGGUCGGUGCUGAGAGUGAGGUCGGUGCUGAGAUUGAGGUCGGUGCUGAGAUUGAGGUCGGUGCUGAGAUUGAGGUCGAUGAAGGAAAUCUCACAUAUCCACAGACUGAUUGUGCAGGACUGUUGAUGGCCGGGCAACCUAUCGAGGAACCUCCAGGCAUGUCUGCGCCAUUAUCACAAGCACAAAGUAAACACACUGAUGCUAAGGCGGAAGAACCCAACAGAAGACUAAAAAAGAAGGAAAAAGAGCCCAGCGGAAAAAAGAACACAAAGAAACAUUCUGUAUCUCUGGAAAGUGCCAGGAGAGCAAAAAAGCAUCUAUGGUCUCCCAUGGAGGUUGCCGCAGUCAUGAGACAUUUUGGCGAACACAUCAAAAAGGGGAAACUGGCCACUAUGAUUGAAUGCCAGCAAUGCAAGAAGGCUGAAGAUCCUGCUCUGGCUGGUCGCUCUAUUCAAAACAUAAGGGAUUUUGUAAGGAAUCGGGGCGUAACUUUGAAAAGAAAAGAAAAUCCUGGAUAGAAUAUGGGAAUGUGAUGAAUUGUCCAUCAGUGAUAUCAUCAGGACACAUGGGAUAUUAAGGGUGAGACCAGAAGUAAUCUCUGUGUUCUGAUGAUAUCACUGGUGGACAAUUUAAAUAUUUCAUCUUGUGGAGGCAGGAGGAGGGCUGACCGUGUUCCAGUUAUAAUGGCAAACUGGCUGUUCAACAGAAUAUAUAAACGUUUUACAGUAUAUAUUGUUUGGCCAUUUAUAAAUGUUCCUUUCUGUUCACAAAUAGGAUUCUGUUGCUCUGAUACUUACGGUGCGUGUCAACUACAGCGGAGCGGAGUGGCGCGUUGGUGUCGGCUUCCAAUUCAUUUCCAAUGAAAUCGGGCGUUGACGCUUGCGUAGGGCAUUGGGAGCGUCAACGCCCGGUUUCAUUGAAAAUGAAUUGAAAGCCGACACCAACGCGCCGCCCGCUCCGCUGUAGUGGACACGCAGGGUUAGUGAAGGCGCUGUAAAAUCCAGUCUAAUACUUUCUGUUUAUUCAUAUUCCAUUUAUCCAUGUUUGGCCUUUUUAAUACACAGAAACGUAACGUUUGUGUAUGUGUAUGGUUAUGGUCCUGAUAAAUAAAUUUGGUCCUGGCAAUUACUCUUUGUGUCAUGGGCGGAGCUAAGUACCUCAUUAUCUUUUGUCCUCUUAAUACAGCAUUGCGUCAGGUUCUUGUAUCUUGAGUUCUGAUGUGUGUAUCUACAUUUUGAAGUGAGAUUUGUGUUGUAUGGCUCAAACUGAAUUUUUGAAGAUUUACUACAUCUUUCUAGCAUAAGUGGAAAGAGGUGCCAGUUUAGUGUUGCAAAAAACUGGUAUGAAAAAAUUGUCCCUCUAAUUCACCAACACCAGUAUGUGUGUGUGUGUGUGUGUGUGUGUGUGUGUGUGUGUGUGCGCGCGUUUAAAAUCUCAAUCGGCUACACUGACGACGUAUCAUUCAAUAGAAAAUACUUUUUUUCACGC